ACUGUCGUGAAACACAGGCCCCUGAAGCCUAGUUAGCGGGACUAUUAUGCUAAACAAUGGGAUAAGCCAGGAUCGUGCUAAACAAUGGAGUAAGCUAGGGAAGAACUAUGAGAAGAGAAGUACUUUCCUGGCGUAUCCCAUUGUUUAGCCGGAUAAUCCCGCGCGGUAAUUAGGCUUCAGGGCCUGUGCCUGAGGUUGGAAGGUACUUCAAUCGCUUCCUGUCACCACAGUGGAGAGAAACGUGAGCUUCGCUGAAAAUGGACCUCAUUAAAGACGGCUGGUUCACGGAACUGUGCGAUGUCUCGGCGCAGGGCCUCUCUCUAAAGGUCGAUGAAGUUCUUUUUCAUGAGAAAUCCUCGUUUCAAGAUGUUCUUGUGUUUAAAACACCCUUUUAUGGAACUAUCCUGGUCCUUGACGGAUACAUCCAGUGUACAAGUAAAGAUGAGUUCUCAUACCAAGAAAAUACUGCUCAUGUCGCCCUGUUUUCACAUCCUAAUCCCAAAAGCGUGCUUGUGAUUGGUGGAGGGGAUGGUGGUGUCGUUCGGGAAAUCGCCAAACAUAAAGGCGUCGAAAAAAUCGUCCUGUGUGAGAUCGACCAGAUGGUAAUCGAUGUUUCCAGGAAAUACCUUCCGGGCAUGACAGUGAGUUUGGACGAUCCAAGAUGUUUAGUGAACGUCGGCGAUGGUUUGGAAUUUAUGAGGAAUCACUCCAACGAAUUCGAUGUCAUAAUAACUGAUUCGUCGGAUCCAGUAGGUCCAGCAGUGGAGCUGUUCCAGAAGCCGUAUUAUGAACUAAUCAAGAUGGCGUUGAAACCUGAAGGCAUAUUGGCGUCGCAAGGUCUUGAUGUUUGGACGUCACUCCCUAGGAUAACCGCCAUGAUGGCGUUCUGUCGUGAGAUGUUCGCCGUGGUUGAUUAUUGUAACUAUUCCAUUCCAAGUUUCAUGACGGGUGAGAUAGGCAUAUUGUUGUGCUCAAAGUCUCCGGACACAAAUUUUAAGAAUCCAUGUCGCGUCAUUACUGACGAAGAAGUUGAAGCAAUGGACUUAAAAUAUUACAACAGCGAUACCCAUGUUGGUGUUUUCAUGCAUCCGCAGUUUGUCAAAAAGGCUAUCUAUGGACCUAAUACCACCAAGAAACCAGGCAAUGGUGUAUCAUGAGACGUUUCCAAUGCGGUGGAGCCACUGGAGGUUAAUAAGGCAAUAAUCAGCAUAGUUACAUGUACCGUUAAGAACAAUAUAUGAUAAAAAUAGAAUCGGGGAAAGCUUGAGAUAUAACAGGGUCCUCCAAAGAAUUUUCUUUUUCAAAACGAUUGUACCUGAAUGACAAAUUUUUAACCAAGAGGCUUUAAUGACAUUCAACGGUGAGGGUUGUAUCAAACUGACGAUACCCCUCAGCUAUUUGAUAGUCUUUAUUUAUUCUUGAUAAUAUGUAUGCCCUUAAUUGGCAAAUGUACUGUUAAAUGGGAUGACAUUGGCCAAGAGUGGAGUGAAAAUGGUCCAUCCAUUUUCCACGUAGCUUGAACCACAAUAUUUGGUACAUUUGUAAAUCUUCUACUUCAAUUGAAUCGUUGUUCAUAAAGAUGUUCAAAGAAUGAAGAUAUCUCCUUGUGUAAAUAAGUUAUGAUGUCAUCAUAGUUUGGCCCUAAUGUCAUGGGUUAAUACAAAAUGUAUGUGUAUGGUCCUGAAUGAAAAAAAUAUGUAGAUCAAACUUGACGCCUUAAAGUCACCACGACAAGUGACAAUCAAGACCCUAUGUAACCCUGCCUUUGCAUCGUCAGCAUAGAUCCAUUUGUUUCUACACUUGUGACUUAUCAUGGAAAUUAAAUUAUUUCAAAUUA